UCGYUAAAAGAGCACAUACUCGUGGUAAUAGCGUAAAAGAUCGGUACGACGGUCGGUCGGUUGGUCGGUCCAGUGUCUGUGCAAGUACAUACAUAUAGUAGACAUACAAACGUGCAUAUAUACAGAUUUUAUGUACCUAAGUACAUAUGUACAUAUGAUUUGUACCACAAUUUCUCCAAAGUUUACAAAUUUGAAUAGCAUACAGAGGAGCCAKUGUUGGCGGUGAAAAAGCAUACUACAAACACAAUAAGGAGAAAGUUAUGUUCAAAGCAAGUAAUGCUGGCAACAGCACAACAACAGAAGAACGUGAUCGCCUAACAGAUGGCGAAAAGUCACGCACCUCCUAUCGUUCCCGACCAUUCUCUAGUCUUCCACGACGUUUCUUGUCGGCCAAGAACUGCGCAGUAGUGGAGACUGAUGCAGAGWGYACGCACGCUUUGGRKAAUGAGAGCGCGCAAUUGAGAGACGUGCGGACAGCGAGAAGUUUAUCGCGCUUGAAUACGCUUAACUAUGAUAAUGCUGCAAUAGAUUUAGCUGAGGGUAGCUUAGGAAGUGCAAAGAAUAGCUUUCAAAUUAGUAGUUUGGAUAUAUUUCCACAAAUAAGUAAUAGUAACGAUACAACGGUCUCAAUGGAGAUGGAGCAGUUGCAAGAUAUAAGACGUGAGGAUAUUUUCCCAUAUGAACGUACACCGACUGAUUCCUCGUGGGAUGGCAGUGAUCUCGAAAACGAAUCCAUGCGUUCAACAGAUACCAGCGACUGUACGCCCGACGAUGCGACACGUGUGCUCAAUGAGCUCGACACGAUUUUGGAUAUACACGGUGCGACACCGCUGAACACGACCAAUUCAUUGGAGACUAAAGUCGAAGACUGUUUAUUGGAUUUAGAUAAUUAUCUAGAAGAGAUGGACGAUUAUAGUUUUAGUAAUAAUGAUGAGGACGAUAAGAGUUCGAMAGAAUUGGCGCGUACGCCAAGCCCGAAACGUUUAACUACACGACAACGUAAUCGUUCGUUGCCGAUAAGUCGUAAAAAGAGUACACAACAGMACACAGCCGAGCGGGAGCAGAAUGAGGAGGCAAGCGUCGUGGGAGGCAGCAUAGAACGCGGUCAGCUACUGAGACGCACAAUUACCUCACCGAAAGAGAAGUUGUACGAGGAUCUAAUGGAGCGAUUGGAGGACACAUCGCGUGAAGUUACACGCCUGCCCAGCGAGGAGGCUUUCAAUGAACUCUUCAUAACCGAGGAUAACAAUGAGCGCACAAAUUUGCAGUCAACCGAUMCACCACCUUGGACGGAGACAACAUACGACGCACGUCACGACAGUAAAGCUUUAGCCGAUAAUGACGACUUGGCCGCUACGCGUCUCACGGAUUUCACAGAACAUCACAGUAUUAGCGCACRAAAUGAGGAGACAUYGGCAGAGUAUGUAACAGACACUUUGCCUUUGCGACCCGAGCUCAGACGUUGUCACUCACAGAAUCGGCUGAGCACAACUAGCACGAACAGUCGCACUGAAAUGCUGACGCAAGAAGAUAUUUUUAAUAAUUUAUUACWACAAAACGACAACAGCAGCAGCACUUUGGUGAAUAGACCGCGYCAAUUUGGACGUCGCGCAGCCGGUCAACCGCCUGUACUCUCCGUACGACCUGAUAUACUAGAAGGCAAUCAUAGCUUCGGCUCAGCUGGCAACAACCAACGGCCGCAGAGCGCACCUGCAAUUACCACAGCGGCGCGUCAAACGCGUAACGCCUCACACGCUGCCGACGAACGCCAUUCGAACUUCUUGGUGGGUUCCGACGGGAGUUCAGCGCAUACGUCGCGCAAUUCCAGCCCCAUCACCAUCGUAUCCAGCACAGACUCCGCCUCGACCACGCCUUCCACCAAUGGUGGUCACAACGCGGCUAUGACACUCGUCACAAACGGUCGUUACGAACAAACGGAUGCGGAUCAUAAUAACACGACACACGCAAGCGCACAGGACAGCGUUAAGGAGUGGCCACAUAUGUGCAGUCGCGCUUUCGCACUACUCUGCUGUACUGUGGGUCUAUUUAAUAUGUCACGCUUUGCGGUGCUGACCGUUGAGUAUGGUGGCAAUUUUGUUUUGCAAUUCUUUUUGCUCUCCAUACUUUUUGGCAUACCGCUUUUCCUGCUGCACAUGUGUUUGGGCUCAAGAAUUAAGGCCGGUCCGGUGUCAAUGUGGAAGAUCAGUCCGAUAUGUCGUGGCAUCGGUAUUGCUUUGGUGUUGGUGCAAUGUUCCAUUGCCAUUUAUUCGACCGUCGCCAUCGGUUGGGUGCUAAUCUAUCUGCGUGACACAUUUCCGCACAAGGGACAGGACGGUUACAUGUGGCAGGAAUCGAUUAAUCCCUAUCGGCGCGGCACAAAUGGCUCUGCGAAUAUAACCGAAAGCAUCACUGACUAUUUUAAUAUUGUUGUGUUGCAGCGUUUGCACCUGUUGAAGCCGGCAGAUGGUGGUAAUGUACGUUUUCGUGUGAGUAAUCGGUUGGCCUUCAAUUUGACCCUGAUUUGGGGUUUUGUAUUCCUAGUUUUGUGCAAAGGUCUGAGAUCGUUCGGUAAUGCGGUCUUUCCGCUCAUCCUUGUGCCAAUCGUCGCUUUGGCAUGUGUGAUUUGUAAACUACUCUACAUCGUGGAUCCCGUAAAAUUACAGAACGCCUUGAGCAGCACCGAUUUCAGUGACUUCUUUGAAAAUUCCAAAAUGUGGGUUGCUGCCGCACAGGAAGUUUUCCUCACCUGGGGUCUACUUGGYUCUUCAGUAAUCUCCAUCACAAGCCGUGGACAUCCGCCUAGUCGCAGUGAAAUAUCGUUAAGACGCGAUUGUAUCUUUGCCAUAACGCUUACAUUCUUCAGUCUCACUAUGGCAGCAAUGAUGGGACAACUUUGUGUCCUUAUACUGAAUCAGCAUUCCUACAUUUAUGUGCCGGGUUCGUUUGAAUCACUGGAAUCGUCAAAGUCCGUCUUCGCGCCAGAGUCCAUAACCAACUUGAAUAUCAUUUCGAUACCAGCGAAAUGGAUGCCACAUUACUCCAGUUUUAUUGGAGAGUCAUAUCGACGACAGUUAACGCUUCAAGAAAGCGGCUAUCAAGCUUUACGUUUCGUCAGCGAAAUCCUGCCGGCCACAUUUAUAGCCGCACGUGUCAACCUCUCGUGGAUUUGGGCCGCUGUGAUUUUCGGCUCUUUAGCCUUGUUGGGCAUAUCACAAUUGUGCGCCAUGUGGAAACCCAUUGCCAACGCAUUGGGCAAUUCARUUAGCGCAGUUUUAUUGAGUUGCGUCACUGCYAUGCUCUUGGGUGUACCSUUCACAACCGAAAUCGGCAUWUCCAUAYURUAUUAUAUGGACUUGGUGCUAGGUGGCUCAUGGUUUGUGGCUAUACUAUGGACGGCACAGAUAUUUGGUGUAUUCUUGAUACGUGGACGCCCAUACAAUGGUGAUGAUUUGGUGAAUAAAUUGAAGUUUACGAAUUCUCUGUCCGCGUUCGUCGCCUUGGCAUGGAAUGUUUUACUGCCGAUUGGUUUGAUAACACUCUCGGUGGUCAGCUAUAAGUCAUCGUUCUCGAAUCAGUUCUAUUAUUGGCGUGGCAAGUCGUAUUUCACCUACUGGGCCAGGAAAGUGGCAGCUUCAUUGCAAAUUGGUUUCCUACUGCUAAUACCGGUUACAGCGAUUAUACAGAUUUAUCGAUAUUUAACAAAUGGACCGCCGGAUAUAUUGGAUCGCAUCCAAUUACUCUAUCGUCCUGGCGAAAGUUUACGUGAAAUACGCAACAGUUCCUUAAGUGAACGCAGCAGAAGCGACUAUGGACGUGGCGGUGGCAAUGGCGCCGUUGGAAAYCUCGAACUCAACUCAUAUCAGGCACAAGAUGAUGCGCCGCCGAAAUAUACGCCACCACCAUCGUACACCACAGCGACUGGCGCGCGUUUCGCCAAAAUACUACGACAAAGCAUACGACGCAGUGUACGCCGUGUGCUCGGUGAUCGCAGUCGCGCACGCCCCAUACUCACCAUCGACUCGGAGAGUAAUCAACCCACUACAUCGCUACAUACACACGAAGUAGCUGCACCACAUUACACGAGCGCCGACAUACCGAUUACAAAUACGGCGCUCACAACAUCCGAUCAACAGCAAACUUUUCCAUGCAGCUCCGGCGAGCAAUUACAGCGUUCACUGUCGCUCGGUCGUAAGUUUACUGUUAAACAACAACAUCAACAACAUCACACAAUUGGYGGCGGCGUCGUGCGCAGUCAACGUGCACUCACCGCGGAUGCCGGACAGCGCAAUCUACGUGGUGCCCCGUACACUGCGGACGACGUGGUCACCGUGCUGCGCUCGACUUCGCAUGCGACWGCCCAGAUGCGUCCCGACACCGURGCGGUUGUGUCGCCCUCGACGCCCGAACUCUGCGAACUUCCAGCGAACAAUUAUUCGUCGUUCCGUUCGAUUGAGAAUCUGGUGACGAAUGCAGCGCCGAUGGCGCGUAGCGCAGCAUUCACAGCAGCUGCGGCGUCGACGCACGACGAGGACGCCAACGGCAGCGGAAGUAAUACAUCUGUGAUUUAAAAGAAAUGAAAAGUGAGGAAGAGUGGAGGUGAAAUAAGCAAAGUAACUAAAUGUGUUUUUGCGUGUACUAUCUAUGUAAAUAGUUAUAUAUAUAUUAAAAGCGUAUAAGUGUAAUAAAUAAU